AUGUUUCUGACAGGCCAGCUCGGCGAUGCUGCCCAGAAAGAACCGUUUCCCGAGGAGAUGAGUGCGAUUUUGCCGGAACUCGAUGCUGCUUGGGCAGAAGGGAGAUUUAGUCAAGAAGGACUGGCUAUGGCGCAACGGGCUCUGAAAGAUUGGGAGCGCGGAGAGUCAGCCGAGGCUCUUGAGUUCUGGGCAGAGGCAGCACGGAACGUCUCAGGGAAACACCUAUUUGCAACAAACGAGGGACAACUUGGUGUCGGCCCGAAGUCGACAAGAGAAGGUGAUGAGGUUUGGAACUUGGUCGGAGCAGACGCGCCAUUCGUGCUACGGCCGCAAGGAGGUGGGAGAUAUGCCCUUCUUGGGGGAGCUUACGUCCACGGCGCAAUGUUUGCGGAGUGGCAUGAGGGAGAUUUUGAUGCUAUUGCCAAGGAUAUCGAAACUGUUUUACUUGUAUGA